AUGGGCUUCCUCGUGCUUGACGAAGACUAUGAAAGUCAAGCCCGGGCCAAAACCCAGACGUCUCAGUCACCCGACGGCAUGCUGCGCGGCAACCUACAGUGCGACAUCACGCUGCCGCUCUUCACUAACCCUCCAGAGAACCGCUUGGCUUGCCACGAGACCGCUCAGGAGACCGCGUACGUCAGCGCUCACAUCUCGUACAGCAUCCACGCCUUGUACUCGCAGCUCGCCGCCCAUGCUGCUAUCACUAGCCAUUCCUCCGCGUUGGUAGCACCUGAGGGUAUCGCGCUGGGCAUCAGGAUCGCGCCGCAGUCCUUUGACAUUUACCCUGACUGCGACCACCGCAGGUACCACUCUCGGCGUCUCCGUUUGCAUGACCCGGAGACCCUGCCCGUCCUUUCCUUCGUACAUAAACUAUCUGUCGAAUCGGCAGGCUCUUAUAAGGGGCUCGGCAACUUGUAUGACCUCCGCCCUCUGUCACUACUCGUCCCGUUGCAAUGCAUGGCCGCCCUGCCGAACCUCACCACGCUCAUGCUCCCGUGGAUGUGGGAGAGGCCUAUGCCUUACGCCACGCCCAGCACGCCGGUGCGAGAGCACUACGCUCGACCCUGGGAGGGAGCCCUUCGGGACGCGAGGCACGAAUUUGGCAAUGCGAUUUGUGAGCAGGAGAAGUUCCUCCGCGGCAGGCGGAUACCGGUGGGUCUGAAGAACGCGCUACUGCAUUUCUGGGAGCCGGAACAAAUCUCGGUGGAGGAUCAGAGCGUCGCUCGACCGGAUCUGAUAUAUCCGGCCGAGAGAGAUCCCCUGAGCGUGGGGUUGUGCAGGCUGGCCGCACAUCUCAAAAGGCUCGACCUCCGUGCCCUGGUUACAGAGGACUUGUUCCCUACUGCAGGGGUAGAGGAUCGGCAGUGGUCAUCUAUGCAACGGCUCCGGAUAGAGAUCCACCCGCUGCGCCCGGAUGGGAUGUGGUACUUUGUCGGUCCGCGUGGCGAGGAUCCUUUGCGUAGUGGUGGCUCUGGGGACAAGAGAGAAGGCGGUUUCCGAGUUUCUGAAACUAUGGAUUACCCCCGCGAACACGACAUACCUGAGGACAAAGAGAUUGAUGAGGAAUUCGAUGAAUAUCCAAACGGUGACUCUGAGUUCGAUUACUUCCCCGAUCUGUUCCGCACUGAGCCGCACAGAGAGAGAGUCGAGCCUUUGCUUGCGCGGUUUGCAGCGGCGGUGGCUAAUAUGACCAGAUUGGAGGACGCCGAGAUGUUUGCACAUGUAUGGUGGACGCCAUCGGAGAGAAGAGAAGAGGAGUAUGCCGGCGAUGCACCGUACGACAACGCCAGCGUGCACAGGUGGGGUGUGCGGUAUCUUGCUGGCCGUGGUGGCGGCGACAACGGCGACGGCGACAGCAAGACGGCGACCACGGUGGUGCAGUGGCAAGUCGGAGACUGGAGACCUAGUACAGCGGUCAUGGAACUUUUCGAGGCGCUCGGGACCCAAGAGUGGCUUGAUUUCGAGUUUAAAAUAGGCAGACCCUGGCAAACUACUGAUGAUAUAAUACAAGCUCGAUUGUUUUGA